ACUCCGCCUCUGUCAGUCUAGCUUCACGAGGGGGCAAGAGUCCGUUUCUCAUCCCUGAGCUCUGUCACUACCACAGGCAUCAUGGCUCUGACAGCCGAUCCAAACUUCCAGAAACUUGAGCAGUGGUAUCGGGCCAAUGGCGGCAGCCUGAACAUGAGGGACAUGUUCGACGGGGACAAGGAGCGCUUCAGCAAGUUCAGCACCACUCUGAAGACUGAUGACGGGGACAUCCUGGUGGACUUCUCCAAGAACCUCAUCACUGAGGACAUCUUGUCCAUGCUGCUCGCUAUGGCCAAGUCCAGGGGAGUGGAGGAGGCCCGAGACAAGAUGUUCUCUGGAGAGAAGAUCAACUUCACCGAGGGCCGCGCCGUCCUCCACAUCGCUCUGCGGAACCGCUCCAACACACCGAUUGUCGUCGACGGCAAAGACGUCAUGCCCGAAGUCAACCGGGUUCUGGACAAGAUGAAGGCCUUCUGCCAGAAAGUUCGCAGUGGUGAGUGGAAAGGCUUCAGUGGGCGUAGCAUCACUGACGUAGUGAACAUCGGCAUCGGAGGAUCUGACCUGGGACCUCUGAUGGUGACUGAAGCUUUGAAGCCGUAUUCGGCCGGAGGUCCGAACGUCUGGUUCGUCUCCAACAUCGACGGGACUCACAUGGCUAAGACGCUGGCUCAGCUCAACCCGGAGACCACGCUGUUCAUCAUCGCCUCCAAGACAUUCACCACCCAGGAGACCAUCACCAACGCUGAGUCUGCCAAAGACUGGUUCUUGAAGACAGCCGGAGAUAAAUCUGCUGUCGCCAAACACUUUGCAGCUCUCUCCACCAAUGCUGUUAAAGUGAAGGACUUCGGAAUUGACACAGAGAACAUGUUCGAGUUCUGGGAUUGGGUCGGAGGUCGUUACUCUCUGUGGUCGGCCAUCGGUCUGUCCAUCGCUCUGCAUAUAGGCUUUGAGAACUUCGAGCAGCUGCUUGCAGGAGCUCACUGGAUGGACAACCAUUUCCAAAGCGCCCCCCUGGAUCAGAACGUCCCUGUCCUGCUGGCCAUUCUGGGCGUCUGGUACAUCAACUUCUUCCAGGCUGAGACUCACGCCAUGCUGCCCUACGACCAGUACAUGCACCGCUUCGCCGCCUACUUCCAGCAGGGUGACAUGGAGUCCAACGGGAAGUAUAUCACCAGAGACGGCAGCCGCGUGAACUACCACACAGGACCAAUCGUCUGGGGAGAGCCAGGGACCAACGGGCAGCACGCUUUCUACCAGCUCAUCCACCAAGGUACUCGUAUGAUUCCUGCUGACUUCCUCAUUCCUGCUCAGAGCCAGCAUCCCAUCAGAGACAACCUGCACCACAAGAUCCUUGUGGCCAACUUUUUGGCUCAGACUGAAGCUCUGAUGAAGGGAAAAACUUCGGAUGAGGCUCGGAAAGAGCUAGAAGCUGCCGGCAUGUCGGGAGAAGCUCUGGAGAAGCUGCUGCCUCAUAAAGUUUUCCAAGGAAACAAGCCAAGCAACUCCAUUGUGUUCAAGAAGCUGACCCCAUUCGUACUGGGAGCUCUGGUUGCCAUGUACGAACACAAGAUCUUUGUCCAGGGCGUGAUGUGGAACAUCAAUAGCUACGACCAGUGGGGGGUGGAACUCGGGAAGCAGCUCGCCAAAAAGAUUGAGCCAGAACUGAAGGACGACUCUGAGAUCUGGUCCCAUGACUCGUCCACCAACGGCCUCAUCAACUUCCUGAAGAAGAACUUUGCCUAAGCCCCGCCCACUGUUUGUCCGCCUUGUCUUUGAUUGGCUAACCGAUGUUGUAUGAACGAGUGCUUCCUGUCUGACCUGAGUGUUACGUGUUGUUUCAGUGUUGGUGCCCAGAUGCACCUGUGCACUUAUUCCUGUAGGUGACAACCACCCCUCAUCACAAGCCCCGCCCCCACACACCUAGUCAGCUGUGACUUUGAAAUAAAAGCCCCGUUUGUCACUGA